AACAUUUUCUCACUAAAACCAGAAAUGGCUCUUCCAAAUUAUAUUGUUCUGCUGACCACUUUCAACAUCAUUUUUGUUUCAGGAAACUUUUUAGAAAAACUUGGAUGGAAGAUUAAUGCUUGGUCAAAAGAUUCAGUUGACCUCAAGAAUCCCAAUGGAUUGAAAGAUCCAGUUAUUCUAGAAAAUCCAUCUGUCUUGAAUGACCCAAAUAGACUAAAUAUUUCAGAUGGAAUUAAAUAUCCAACUGAACUGAAAGAUACAGCUGUGAAAAUAGAUCCCACUGGAUCAACAGAUUCCAAUUACCUGAAAGAUUUAGCCAGCAUGAAUGAUAUAGUUGAUCUAAAUAACCUAGGAGGGCUUUUAGUAACAAUUGACCAGAAAAUACCUUCUGAACCAAAAGAUUUAGUUGAUGUGAAGGGUCUACAUGGGCUGACAGAUUCAUUUGGUCUAAAAGAUCCAAAUGAAGUCAAAGGCAGUCUUAAAGAAGCAAAUACUGUGAACUCCAUUCUGGGUCAAACUGGACUGAAAAAUGUAGUUAGUCCUACAGCUCCAGCUGGGUUAAAAGAUUUAAUAGAUUCAAAGGUGCCAAAGGGUUCAGAUAGUUUAAAAGACUCCUUUGGAACAAAAACAAUUUUUGGCCUGGGUAAUCCCAGUGCAAUUAAAGAUGUAUUUGGUCCAAAGGAUCCCACUGGAUUGAAAGAUGCGACCAGCGUACUGACAAGCCUAGGCGAUCCGAAGGCUCUAAACAAUUUAAUAGAGUCCACUGACCAGAAUAUUCCUACAGGACUGAAAGAUGUAUUUGAUCUGAAAAAUCCCACUGGAUUUAAAGAAUUAUUUAAUCCAAAUGAUCUGUCUGGACUAAAGGAUUUAAUUAGUCCACAAGAUCUGAAAGGAAUAACUGAUUUACUUAGUUUAAAAGAUCUAACUGAAUUAAAAGAAUCAAUAAAUUCUAAUAUUCUUAAUCAGUUGAAGGAUGUAAUUGGCCUGGGAGACCCAACAGGACUGACUGAUUCAGUUAGUUUGAAGGACCUUACGGGAUUGUCAGCACUGUUUGAUUUAAAAGAUCCUGCUAUAUUUAAAUAUUUCAUUGGACUGAAUGAUAUCAAAGGAAUUCUUGAUAUGCCUUUAGACAUUAUAAAUCACCUACUACCUAUAUCACUUGCUGACUGGACAAACUGUGGUACCAAAGAUCCCUUCCUGCUCAGGAGCUUCAUUCUUCCCAAAACAAUAACCAUCCCAGGACCGAUUUCAUUCUCAGCUAAAGGCACUCUCAUAGAGAACAUCAGUGCACCCCUGAAGUUUGAAGUUGAGAUGAAAAAGAAAAUACUUUGGUCCUGGAUGAGAGUGCCCUGCUGGGGUGGUUAUGGGAGUUGCACUUAUGACAAAGUGUGUGAACGGAUUGAGAGCAUCGCUAACUCUACGGGAUGUCCAUUCCAAAGUGAGAGCAAUGGGGACUGCUGCCAUUGUCCCAUUAAAAAGGGAGUAAUUAAUAUUCCAAAGAUGACCUUCAAUAUUCCAAAAUUCAGAACACCUUCCUUCUUUUCAAGAGGUGAUUACAAGAUCCGCAUUCGAGCAGUCAGUGGGGAAAAGCAGAUUGCCUGCUUCAGUACUAGUAUAACAGUGAAAUCAUUUUAAAGAGGAACACAGCUCAAGCGAAGGCAAACAAAAUCAGAUACACAUCUUGUUAUUACUUACAGAACUUCAACAAUAAAUAUGAAGAAUUCUUAACUCAAA